AUACAGAAACAACUGAUGGACUGUCUUGGUUGCCGCAAUAGGCCUAGCCCUUCCCCACGACGUCGAGCUCUGUCCGCCCCAGCCAGUGCCGGGCCUGUCGCAUCCUGGAUUCAACCCUCCAACCCUCCUCCAAGAUCAACAAGGGUUCAGUCGCGCAGUUCGCUAGUCGCAGUCGAGGUCGCAGUCGCAGUCGCAGACGUCACGUCGCUCGCUCGGCGCACCCAGCAAAGUAGUCGCCCAGCAGCAGGGGACGUUUCGGCAAGAGGAGGAAACAGCAGGACGGGUGCCCGUUCCGUUGCUUUGGAGGCCUUGGAUUGGGGCCAAGGUACAACAGCUGCAGCCUCCCGUCUUUGCAAAGAAAAAGAAGCCAUAAGGACCUAGGGAAGCUUUCGCCAAUUCCUUGUCGCCUAGACUCCAUAUUACUCCAGCCAUUCCCCCUUCUGUAUCAUUGUCCGUCGAACCUUGGCCCUUGGCUCGCGUUGAUUUCUCUCCUCGGUUCUAGAAUCAAUCAUUCCUUGGUUGCGCCGGGGACGCCCACUAACCUUGUUUUUCUUGCGCCGCGACGACAAAGACAAAUUUGAAAGAAAAAAAGUGCCCGCGUACUAAUACACCGUCGAACCCAUCCUCGUCCAGAACUCUUAUUCCUUCUUCUGCCUUUUCUUCGUCCGUCCGUUUCCUGAAGUCGAACCGAGGAGUUGACGACACACCUACGCCCGCGAUCAUGGACAAAGACUACAGAGGCGGCGGUCCUCUAAACGACGUCGAAUCGAAGCAUGCUGGCGAGACCUACCCGCGCGAUGUCAACUUCGCGGCCCUCAGCGGCGACCCGAACAGCCUGAUCAAUUCGCAGGACCAGCUUCAGCGAGGGCUCAAGAGUCGACACAUCCAAUUCCUGGCUCUAGGUGGCGCCAUCGGAACCGGUCUCUUCGUCGGCUCAGGCAGCAUCCUCUCGACUGUCGGCCCCGCGCCGCUCUUCAUGGGCUACCUGUCCAUGAUGAUGGUCGUGUGGAACAUCAUGAACAACCUCGGCGAGAUGGCCACCUACCUGCCGCUCAAGGGUAUCUCGAUCCCCUACUUUGUCGAGCGCUUUGUCGAGCCCAGUCUGGCCUUCGCCGCUGGCUGGAACUACUGGUAUGCCUACGCCAUGCUGGUCGGCGCCGAGGCCUCGGCCGGCGCCAUCCUCCUCGACUACUGGCAGACCCCCGUGCCCCCGGCCGUCUGGAUCACCAUCAUCCUGCUCGUCACUCUGGCCCUUAACAUCUUUGCCAUCGAGAUCUUUGGCGAGGCUGAGUUCUGGUUCGCCAGCAUCAAGCUCAUUACCAUCCUCGGCCUUAUCAUGGUGAGCUUGGUCAUCAUCCUCGGCGGCGCCCCCGACGAGGGUCGCAUCGGAUUUCUCUACUGGUACGACCCGGGCGCCAUCAUACCCUACAUGGCGGAGGGGAAUACGGGCAGGUUCCUGGCCUACUGGACGGGUUUCGUCCGCGCCGGCUUCGCCUUCAUCACCUCACCCGAGCUCAUCGCCCUCGCCGCCGGCGAGACCAUUGCCCCGCGCCGCAACAUCCCCAAGGCCGCCCGCCGCUUCGUCUGGCGCCUGGCCAUCUUCUACGGCAUCGGCUCCCUCAUGAUCGGCGCCAUCACCCCGUCGAACGACCCGAGACUCCUCAACCCCAACUCCAACGCCGCUUCCUCUCCUUGGGUCAUCGGCAUUCAGCGCGCGGGCAUUGGUGGUCUGAACCACGUCAUCAACGCCGCCAUCCUCACCAGCGCCUGGUCGGCCGGCAACGCCUUCCUCUACUCGGGCAGCCGUAUCCUGUACAGCUUGGCGCUCAACAAGCAGGCGCCUCGGUUCUUCGCCAGGACGACCAAGCGCGGCGUGCCCUACACGGCGGUUCUCGGCACGUGGUCGAUUGCGCUGCUCUCGUACCUCACCAUCAGCAGCGGCACGUCGACCGUCUUCACGUGGUUCAUGAACAUCAGCACCAUCUCGGGCUUCAUCGCCUGGAUCGUCGUCAUGAUCACGUAUCUCCGCUUCCGCAAGGCCAUGAUAUACCACAACAUGAUGCACCGCCUGCCCUUCCGCACGCCGCUGCAGCCCUACUUCACCUGGUUCAUUCUCGGUCUCCUCGUCAUCCUGACCCUCACCAACGGCUUCCAGGUCUUCUUCCCCGGCGAGUGGAGCACCUCGGACUUCUUGGCCGCCUACAUCACGCUGCCCAUUUUCUUCGUGCUGUACGUUGGACACAAGAUCUGGUUCCGCACGCCAUUCGCGCGCAGGGUCGCCGACGUCGACGUGACGACGGGUGUGGCCGAGAUGGAGGCCAUGGCGGAGCUCGACGAGGAGCCGAUUCCGAAGAACAUGCUUCAAAAGGUGUGGUUCUGGAUUGCUUAGGCUUGUCUC